CAAGCUGAAGUCAGAGAAGUCAAUCUAAAAACUAGACAACGACAGACACAGAGCAAAGAACGCAGAACUGACCUAAACUAAACAUGUUAUCCAGAUCAGACAGCCUGGUCUUCACCUUCCCGGCAAACUCUUUCUUCCAGUCGCAGCCACCGCAGUUUGAUUUCAGACCGAUCGUGGCGCGCAACACCGAGCCGGAGAUCUUCACAUUCGAGCGGAUCCCGCAGCAGCAGCAGCCGCUCCCUGGCCGCGGAGCUCCGGUGCGCCCUCGCAAGAGGAACACCCGCGUCAUGUACCCCUCAAAGGUGCGCAAAUAUCUACCACCGCCCGAGAAGAGCCCCGCUAAACGCUGGCUGCUCAUCCUGUGCCUGGUGGUCUUAUUGCAGAUCUACACAGAGGAUGAAUCCGUGGAGACCACGCAGAAUGAAGGACCAACCUUCACCGAUGCCACAUCAUACAACGUUCUUUCCUUCCAGUCUCCAGAAGAGCAAGCCAGACAGAUGAUGGGGAACUGUCCUGAGGACUUUACCCAGAUGUCUAACAAGCAGCUCCAGGCCAACAGCGACGAGAAGGAUGGCAAGAACUCUUGGUUUCUGAACACUACAUGCCCGAGCUCAAGCUGGGAAGAAGAAAUGACAGUGCUCUACCAGCAAAGCCGGAGGAAUGGAUACGUGGUGGCUCUUCUCUACCCGGUGUACCACACACUUGGCUCAGAGAACUGAAAGAACUGAGAUAAUAGACUGUGGAGAAACAAAAUCACGACUUUGAACCUUCUUGGUUUAAGAAGUUGAAGAAAUAGGCUCCUGUGGUACCAAGAGAACCUCAACAAGGCGAAGUGAUGGAACACAAGCUGAGGAGACAUUUGAUGGACUGACUUGAACUUUAUAAUGGAAUGAAACUUGAAUGGCUCAUUUAGAUCUACUUGAAGUUCCCUAAAUAAGUGUGGACAUUUACAAGCAGCCUUACAAGUAGACCCGUUUUAUGUCUAAAGUGUGCAUGAGGAUGUCACAGUGAUCAUUUGUGUUGCUGAACGCUGCCGCUCACAGAAAUACUUGAAUCUGACAUUUUAUAGAUUAAAUGAAGAAAUGUUUGCUGUAGCUAUUUAUUCUGUUAUUUAUUUAUUGUUAUUGACUUAUUUAUUUCGUAUUGCCUUGUGAAAAUAAAUGUGACACAACUUCUAAACUUCUUUUAUUUCUUUAUAAUAUUAUUAGUGAUUACAAUGAGUCUCACUACUUGGCUCAAAAUUCAUCAACUUCUCAGUUCCACCUCUAUGAUUCACAUAGUACAAGACUAAUUAAUAUAUACUAACGUCUAAUUGUAACAUUAUAUGAUACUUAGACAUAUACAUUUUCUGACAUGUAUCAUAAUUUACUGAUCUACAUGAACAAAUAUGCAAAAUUACAUUUAUUGUUAAGGUAUUAAAGUAGAUAUUCAUCAUGAUAUCAUCAUUUUAACACCAGCAAUAAAUAAUAACAUGAUUUACAAGCAUAAUAAAUUCAAAUAUGUAUUAAGGGCUGUGAUGUUCACAUUAUGAAUAAAGUUACAAUGACCACA